UGCUGUGUAUAUUUCGGAAGUGACGAUAUUGCGAGUGAAGUGAAUGCCUUAUUGUUGAUAUUUAUUUUAUUGUUUAAAUUGCGCAUUUUAAGGUUUAUUAUUAUGUGUACCUGUACUUAUGAGAAGAAUUAAAUAAUCGAGUGCUCAUCUUAUUAUUACCUACCACUUACGUUCUUAUUGCAGAAACUGUGAUUGGAGUGUUUAUCAACAUUAAGAAUUUUAUAUCGGAGAACAAAUUCAUACAAGAUGCUAGGAGCAUAAAUAAUCAAAGGGUGCUAGUAAUUUCUACUUAUAAUUAGAAACCUAUCUAGAUUUAUAUCUAUAUAGAGAAUCUUGAAAUUUUCUAUAACCUUGACAAAAAUGAGCUUUGUCCAAUUAAGAACAAAUGUGAAACUUGCGAAACUUUUAUACAAAUACGCGGAUGAGGAAAAAUUGGAAGUAGAAAAGAAAGAGACGCCAGUGCCCGAAAAGAAAGAGUACGAAUCAUAUCCGCCGUACAACUUCUCAUGGUUCAUCGAAAACAAAAUAGCCGCUAUGGGGUGGCCACAAACUGUGGAAAAUUUGAACUACAUAGCUGAUGUUGGAGUGAAUCAUUUGAUUACCCUAUCUCCGGAGAGGAGACCGCCGAUUUUACAGUGUGAGAAGAAAUUAGGAUGGUCUGAGAUUAGGGUGAAAGAAUUCGGGACGCCAACGCUGAAGCAGAUUCUGAAGUUUAUAGAGAUUUGUGAACGCGCUGAGAUAAGGGGAGAGGUGGUAGGCGUCCACUGCCGCCACGGCCGAGGCCGGACCGGCACCAUGUUAGCUUGCUAUCUCGUGUACUUCAAGAACAUGGCGCCUGAACGAGCAGUCCUCACUGUGAGGGUUCAGAGACCUGGUUCCUGCGAAACCUACGAGCAAGAGAAAAUCGUGUGCCACUACCACGACUGUGUCCGGGGCACCAUAACCAAACCGGACUACAGACUGGUGGAGGACAAGCUUUAUUUCGACUGCACCAUGAAACAUAUGGAUUCGGAUGACAAUUCCGAUGAGGAAUACCUUAAUGAAACAGAUGAUAAGGUGGAAACGUUACAGUUGACGAAGAAGAAAUCAAAAGCCAUGAUUAUAAAUCAUAAAAUUUAUUUUUAAUUUUUAUUUUGCAGGUAGUCCUUGUGCAAUUGCAAAAAUUGUUAUUUACACUUAGAAUUUUAUGCAACACAUUUUGUUGACGUUUUUUAAGAUAUUUAUACCUACCUAUAACUAAUUUAUUACUUUUUGUACCAUUUGCAUGUUUAUACUUCUGUCAGUAAAAAGUAACAAAUUGAUUAGAUUUUUUAUUGCAUUUUACAAAUAAUCAAGUAUACAAAAUGUUUAAAAUAAGAACUUCAGUUAAACAUGAGAAUGAGAACAUUAAAUCCAGACAUAUAAAUGCGAAAGUCUGUUUAUUUUGGUUUCACGACAACAAUUUAAUGUUGAACCGAUUAUGGUGAAAUUUUGUAUAAAGACAAACAUAGAUAACUUUUUUCUAAAAAUCCCCACAGAAACAGGAUUUCAGCUCGGGAGAAGCUGUGGGAAAAGACUAGUUCAGAAUAUUUUAAUCCACAAGUUCGAAUCCAUACUAAUAAAGAGGUAAAUGUAGAAGUUUUUUCUUUUUCUUUCUUUCUUAAAAGUGCGUUUGUUUGUCCGUCUUUCACAUCAAAACCGCGUAACCGA